AUGUCUGAAGCCGACGAUGCGCCUGAGAUGGCCCAACCCGCCCCGAAUCCGGAUGCUCAGACGACUGUGAACGACUUCCUUGACUAUACCGAAUUCUUCCCCUCGGAUUUGGUGCGCUCGCUGACGCUGAUUGCCGACCUCGACUCGACCUACUCGGAUGCCGUCCAGCAGGUCCACGAGCUGACGGUGCAGUAUGGAAAGCUGCCUGCCCUUCCUGAGCAAGAGCGCGCCGAUCCAGUAUUACUACGCAAGCAAAUUGCCCAGCAUCUUCAAAAGGCUAUCAACCAGAGGGAGUUUGCAUACACUGAGGCUUCGCGGCUAUACGAGGUCACAGUGCGCCACUGCCAGCGCUCGUCAGUUAUCAAGAGGAAACUUCAAGCCCAACCACAGCCCCCGUCACGCGACCCUACGCCCCCGCCUGUCUCUCCCACCGCCCACAGACCCUUCAACCGCAACUACGAACGAGCCCCCCAUUUGCGCUUAACCUUCGAUGGUGGCCGCCAUGGCGCCAACACCUCACGACCCCGAGAUCGGCACAAGAAGACCGCCAUUCCUCUCCCAAGAGGGCGCGGACGAAUGCGCCGUGACUCGGACUCAUCAGAUUCAGAUGCUGGCUCAGGCAUCGAUGUGGUGUCGCCGAGGAAGCGCAAGGACAACCGGGACAGAAACUCAAGGACAACUGGAGGCAGAUCGCGCGCUGCUGGCGUGUUGGGCACAAACGUACAUAGCUCCAUUGCGGGCAUCUCCACUAGCAAUGCACUCGCGCAGCUCGCCCCACCUCCAGCUGACGCGAAGCCUGGUAGCAAGUGGGCGCCAUGGAAGAAGUUGACCGAAUACGAAAUGGCUGUAUUGCGCAAACAGAUGAAGAAGAAUGCCGUCUGGACGCCUAGCCAGACGAUGAUGAUCCGCGAGCUUGAGAAGAAGCAUCGUACAGAGGCCGAUUACGAGAGGGAGAAGGCUCGCUGCGAGGCCGCAGGCGAACACUUCCUCGACGAGGAGCCUGAGACGCUGCAACAGAUCAUGACAGCCUCCGGCCUGGGCCUGUUAGCACCCCAUGGUCCACAGGCAGCAAAUCCACCCCCGCCGACCGAGCCUGUUGAGGAAGAUGCCAAAGAGGAGACGGGUCCAGUCAGCAUCCGCCUUAAGCCUAUUGCGACCAAAGAAGACCGGAAGCUCGAUCGCACAUCGCAGCGUCAAAAGGCCAUGCAGGACGCCCAGGAGCUCAUAGGUGCUUCCGAGAGGAUAAGAGAAGCUGCCAACGGUCUCAAAGAACUCAACUUCAACUCUAAUGUUACGACGCCCGCGAGUCAAAAGAAGAAAGCUGUGACUAAGCCUUCGAACAAACGGAAGCGUGACACCUCUCCCCCACCCGCCACCGACGGUGCCAUCGAAGCCACACGAGAAGCAUCGGUUGCAACUCAAGACAGCACAUCCAGGCCGCCGGAGCCUAAGCGCGCACGAUUGCAGCUCAUUGCCCCAGCACCGAAUACCGUUUCAUCCCCAAUACCGACACCUGCGUCCACUGUCUCCACUCCUCGAGAUCUCCCUGCGUCCGUCGUGCCCUCGCCAGCAGCGAACACACCCGUACCACUCCCAGAGUCUAUAAAGCCUUCGAUAAAUGGGAGCACUGUACAAGUCCCGCUCGCGCCAGCAGGUCCAAGCACGCCAAAAGUCAACAAAGCUGUACCUGAAGAGCAGAGCCCCGAGCUCACACCCAUCACAACGUCGCCUAUAGCGCCAGAAGAAUCACCUGCUAUGCCAGAAGCCCCGCGAUCUUCCGUACCUGCUCAAGCUCCAAGCCCAGCUCCAGCCCAAGUUUCAACUGCACCAACAGCAGCGUCAACCAGGUCUACACGUGGCUCUGUUGCUCCAAAAGCUCCCACUCCGCCUGUGGCUCCUCUCCCGCCCAUGAAGUCCUCAAAGACACCGACACCCGUGCCGGAGUCCGCUCCAGAGACACCCGCAGCACCAACCCUGCGUCCCCGCUCCGCACGCGGCCACGUACCCACGCUCAAAGCGCAAAGCGAAGAGCCCAAGCCCAACGAAGAAGGUAGGAUAACACGAGAAACCCGUCGUCAUAGUGUCUUUAGCCAACCCGCAUCCACCUCCACAGUACCCUCCUCCGCGCAACAACCAUCAGCACCUACCACCCGAACAAGUUCCCGCCGCAAGCCGCCCCCAAAAGGUGAAGUCACCGUUGCGGAAGACGGCCAGAAGACUGUUACCAAUGUUAAGCGCGCUCAGGGCAGCAAGAAUAAGAGAAGGAAGAAGGAAGAGGAGGUUGAGGUCGCUGAUGAUAUCGAUCCUAAUGAGCCGCGGUAUUGCAUCUGCGAUGAUGUUAGUUACGGGCAGAUGAUUAGUUGUGACAAUAACCUAGCGCUCUUGACCCUGCAAUCACAAUCGGACCGCGCAUACGAUGACGUCGGAACGCCUCCCGAGGCGCUCGGAUCAGCCGCCGAAGUCCUUAAAGAAGGCAAGUCCAACCUGGGGAAAUGCAUGCUAGGUAUGAAGAGGGGAAAGAUUCACGGGCGUUACCUCCGAAGACAGCCCUAA